AUGACGGGCGUGAAAUACCGGCUAUCUGCGGAUGGUCAGAGCGGAGCAGGAAACAACUGGGCAAAGGGCCAUUAUACGGAAGGUGCUGAAUUAGUUGAUUCUGUGUUAGAUGUUGUAAGAAAGGAGGCAGAAAGCUGUGAUUGUCUCCAGGGCUUUCAGCUUACUCAUUCUCUCGGUGGUGGUACAGGCUCUGGCAUGGGUACCCUCCUCAUCAGCAAAAUUCGUGAAGAGUACCCAGACCGAAUUAUGAAUACUUUCAGUGUUGUACCCUCCCCUAAAGUAUCAGAUACUGUAGUAGAGCCCUACAAUGCCACACUCUCGGUGCACCAGCUUGUGGAGAACACAGAUGAAACCUACUGUAUCGAUAACGAAGCCCUCUACGACAUAUGCUUCAGAACACUGAAGUUAACUACUCCAACGUACGGUGAUCUGAACCAUUUAGUGUCGGCAACCAUGAGCGGUGUUACCACCUGCCUGCGAUUCCCAGGCCAGCUUAAUGCUGACCUGCGGAAGCUGGCAGUGAACAUGGUUCCCUUCCCCCGUUUGCACUUUUUCAUGCCUGGUUUUGCCCCGCUCACGAGCCGUGGGAGCCAGCAGUACCGUGCACUAACUGUGCCAGAGCUCACACAGCAGAUGUUUGAUGCAAAGAAUAUGAUGGCUGCGUGUGACCCACGUCACGGCCGCUAUCUGACCGUAGCUGCUGUUUUUAGAGGCCGUAUGUCGAUGAAAGAGGUCGAUGAGCAAAUGCUGAACGUUCAGAACAAAAAUAGCAGCUAUUUUGUUGAAUGGAUUCCUAAUAACGUUAAAACAGCGGUCUGUGACAUUCCACCUCGUGGCCUGAAAAUGUCUGCCACCUUCAUUGGUAACAGCACAGCCAUCCAGGAGCUGUUCAAACGCAUUUCUGAGCAGUUCACGGCCAUGUUCCGCCGAAAGGCUUUCCUGCACUGGUACACGGGCGAGGGCAUGGACGAGAUGGAGUUCACAGAGGCUGAGAGCAACAUGAACGACCUGGUGUCUGAGUAUCAGCAGUACCAGGAUGCUACAGCUGAGGAGGAGGGGGAGUUUGAGGAGGAGGCUGAAGAAGAGGCAGAGUAAAAGCUAUGCAGAUGAACACCUGUAAAUUUUGUUUAAAGCUGUAUGAACUCUUUCAUUCAAAACUUCUCUGUUUGUGUUGUGUUCCUCUUCCUGUCUCAAAGUCACUUCAAAUGCUGUACAGGCACCAUUAAAGCAUUUUUCACAGUGCA